GGCGCCGUAGCGCGGUCAGGAAGCGGGGAAAGAACGGCUUGGAGCGGAGGCCACUGAUCGGAGCGUCCACAUCCCGUGGGAGGGCUAGCGACCAGAGAGACCGGAGACCUGAAUUUUUAAGAUGACUGGCAGAGUAGAAGCAAAUUAAACCAAAUGCUCAUCCACAGCUCAAGGCAAAGAUAUGGCGCUUUGAAGGAGAGAGUGCCAUGGUGUCGGCCAUGGGUCAUCAAGACACAGCCGGACAAUGUGGACCAAUUUCUUCAAACUACGAGUCUUCUGCUAUCUGUUUGUGGUGCUAAUGGUGGUGGCGUUGGUCGUCAAUGUCACUCAGGUGGAGUACUUGGACCAUGAGACGGUAUCAGAGACGUUCAUCGACAGCAGUGGACAGUAUGUUUCCUCACAGGCUACAGGCGUUAGUCGGAAUGCGUACUGUGGCUAUGAACACCAGACCCUGUCUAGUCAGGAACGCUUAGAGGAAGAUGCCUUGCUUGCUGCCUCCAAGUGGAAGGUACCUGAUGUGGACCUGGUCCCGUUUGUGAAGAGCACCGACCCUUCUUCCAGCUACUUUGUCAUCUUGAAUUCUGCAGCCUUCUUCAGGGUGGGGAGCCAGCUGGAGGUGCUGGUUCAUGUGCAGGAUUUUCGAGGGAAGCCCAAGAAGUAUGGAGGAGACUAUCUGCAGGCCAGAAUACAUUCGCCUACGCUGCAGGCGGGGGCCAUGGGCCGAGUGGUAGACUAUCAGAAUGGGUUUUACAAGGUGUUUUUUACUUUGCUCUGGCCAGGCAGAGUUAUAGUGUCUGUAUCUCUGGUUCACCCCAGUGAAGGGAUCAGAGUUCUUCAGCGCCUGCAGGAAGAGAAACCAGACAGGGUCUAUUUCAAGAGUCUCUUCAGAUCGGGAAGGAUUUCUGAAACAAUGAAGUGCAAUGUGUGUCUUCCUGGAAGUCUUCCGCUGUGCAACUUUACGGAUCUUUACACUGGAGAGCCCUGGUUCUGCUUCAAACCAAAGAAACUCCCCUGCAGCAGCAGAAUCAACCACUUCAAGGGUGGAUACACGAAGGGUCUUCUCACUGCUGCCGAAAGUGCUUUCUUUCAGAGUGGUGUGAAUAUCAAGAUGCCAAUCAACUCCAGUGGACCUGACUGGGUGACUGUGAUUUCCCGGAGAAUAAAAGAAACUGAUGACCUAGAAGUUUCUCAAGGCUCAGGAGUUUUUCCUUCUGGACAUUUCUACAAAAACCGGUGGCGGCCCAGGAGGUUUAAGAUGCGCCAUUUUAAUGACCCCGACAACGUUACAGAAUGCUUGCAAAGAAAAAUGGUAUAUUUAUUCGGUGACUCAACAAUCAGGCAGUGGUUUGAAUACCUCACUGCAUUUGUUCCAGAUUUAGUGGAGUUUAAUUUGGGUAGUCCCAAGAAUGUUGGUCCCUUCCUUGCAGUGGACCAGAAACACAACAUCUUGCUUAAAUAUCGCUGUCAUGGUCCACCCAUCCGCUUCACGAGCGUCUUCAGUAAUGAGCUCCAUUAUGUGGCAAAUGAACUGAACAGUAUUGUGGGAGGGAAGAACACAGUGGUGGCCAUAGCUGUAUGGUCUCACUUUAGCACAUUCCCCUUGGAAGUCUAUAUCCGGAGGCUCAGGAACAUCCGACGAGCAGUGGUCCAACUCCUGGAUCGAAGUCCUAAGACUGUGGUUGUCAUCCGGACAGGCAAUGCUCAAGAGCUGGGGCCUGAGGUGAGCCUUUACAACAGUGACUGGUACAACUUUCAACUGGACACUGUUCUUCGGAGGAUGUUUUCAGGGGUUGGAGUCUACCUUGUUGAUGCCUGGGAGAUGACCUUGGCUCAUCACCUACCCCACAAGCUGCAUCCAGAUGAAGUUAUUGUGAAGAACCAGCUGGACAUGUUCCUAUCUUACGUAUGCCCCUUGGAGACUUAGGUAUCCUCAAGUUCACUGGAGCAAUCACAAUCAGUGACCUUUCCAGUUGACCUGCAGCAUAGAAAAUUUGUGAUCGACUGCAUUGGGAAAUGGAUACUCUCAACUUGUGGGACAUUUCAGAAAAGAGCUGUACUUUGCAUAAUGACUGGUAAUGAACUUAGGCAGUGUGGACUGCAUUUGUAUCUACCUAUAGGAUUUUUCCAUCUUGAUUUAGCCAUUGUAAAGCUCUAACUUACACAUCUACACACUGUAUUCCCCUUGUAACCAAAGAUGCUAAUGAGUGGUUAAGAACUAGCUUCUUCUGGAGUGGGGGGUGACUGUGUCGAUGCCUAUGAGGGAUGUUUUGAUGUGAACAGAAGAGAUAGAUUUGGUUGGCAGUGCUAUGUUUGUUGCUUACUUGGUAAAGGACAUUUGAACACGUCUUCAUGAAUAGCAUAAAGUUCCCUCCUCAGGAAUAGAGGGAUUAUUGCUAGCGGUUCCUGUGGCCACAAUGAAGACUGUUGUAUCUCAGGAGUUUCUAUUGACUUUUUUUUUUUCUCAAUUACUUGUAAAGGCCAAUGUGUGUGGUCAGAAUUUUAUAUGAGGAUAUUAACAAUUUCCUGCUUUUAUCUGGAAAGGAGCAAAACGAAAGAGCACACAGUCUCUGCUUUGGAUUGGUAUGGGCACCGGCGAAUUAUUUCUUACUUGAUUCAGCUAAAUUUUAUGUGAUGAAUUCUUAUUAUAGGAUAACCACUUUUGGAAACAAAUAUGUAAAUAGAAGUUUAUUUUUAUGUUCCGAAGCUUGUGGGUUUUAAGAACUGAUUUUUAUGUAAAGAAUGUCACUGGCUCUCAUAAAAUUGUAGGGUUUCUCCCCUCAGCAGUUCCAAAUGUUUCUCUUUGCUUUUGGCUGUCAUGAAAUAUAUGCCGAAAUCAGACAUGAAACCAGACCAGAAGUUAAUAAAAUUAGACAUUAAAAUUCA